AUGGCAGUCUUCCAUGACAUGCUGCUGCAGCCACUGGGGAUGUUUCUGUGCCUCAGUCUGCAGCUUUCUUCUGCCACCUUUAUAAGGUACAGUAGCACCUGCUUCACCUUUGAUGAAUACGACCCUGUAACCCUAGACAUCAAGGCCAGUUCACAUAUCUAUGAAAGCAAUGCAGUCUAUUCAGUAUUUGUUCCCGUGAAUGACAGCGUCUAUGCUGUGGUUAUGAAAACCUUGGACGAGAACAGUGACUCAGCGGGCCUCUGGCAAAGAGCGGAUGAAAAUUGCUACAGCAACUCCACGUAUUACGUGAAAGAUCAAUACACGACGGUCUUAGAGGCACAGUGGCAAGCUCCUGAACCUGAGAACAUAACUGAAGUGGAGAUACAAGCUUUCACUGUCCAGAUCAGAGCGCUGCCUAUACUUUCUACUCUGAAGCUAAGAGAAAAACUGUCAACCUUAGCCUUAGCUGCCAAGAUUCCCCAGAGCUCAGCCUUCAAGCCUUUCUUCAUGAUUACACCCAAGAGUAUCAGACUCGAAGGCUUGGCCAACCAAGUCUUCAGCAGCCCCAUCACAGAUGCCAUUUAUAUCCUGCUUGCUUUUCUCACCAGCACACUUCUCCCUAAAGGGAAGCCAGGGAAACAAUUGUUUCUGCCUCCACUGCAUUCUCCUACAUUCAGUUCCAAGCUGGUGCUGGGAACCGAAUGUGUGUAA